CCAAAGCAACAAUAUCAUUGGGAUACGACAAGGGGUUCUCUGCAACCUAAAGAGUCUGCAAUACCUGAACUUGCAGUCAAACAACAUACAGGAGGACACUUUGGACGUCGGUGCUUUCGAAUGUCUCACUACCCUCCAGACAAUAAACCUGAACUACAACAAGAUUCAGCUUGUACCAGUGGCAAAUGACACGAACUCAUUUCCACCUAAUAUACAAACCAUACACCUAGAGUACAACAGCAUGAAACGUGUACUUACUGAUGCCUUUAUAAAUACAACAGUCCUCUCCAGCCUAUAUCUAAGGAACAAUGAACUGAGAUCCGUGGUUCCAGGGUCCUUUGUAAACCUCCCUUCCCUCUCUUCCCUCUUCAUGGAGAAUAACAAGCUGACAUCACUCCUGUCUGGAACCUUUGCGGACCUCCCGGCACUGGCCAACCUAUAUCUUCAAAAUAACCACAUCAUCUCCAUAGAGAACGAGACAUUUCCUGCCCAAAUUCGACAUCUGGACCUCAGCAACAACAAGUACUUUGACUUCCGGCAUGACAACCCUUUCACCAACCUGACGCAACUCAGGACUUUGCAACUGAGCGGAAAUGACAUCACCGAUGUGCCAGACACAGCCUUGCAGGGCCUACAGAGUCUCACUACUUUGUCAGUUCUACUUUUCAUCAAUUGAGCCAUGUUGAUUUGGGAACCCCUGAACCCCAAAACUGAUCCAAGAGUGA